AUGGCAGACUUAGGUGGCAGUAGCAGCCUCGCUGCUGCUCCAAUGGCGGCGCCUCGCCCACCUGUGGCACCAGGCGAUGCUACGUCGCCGUCCAGAAUUCGCAGCCCCCGUAUCAUUAUGCAAGAGCGAGCUGCACGUGAAGCUAGAAGAAAAGCAGAAGAGGAAGAACGCGCUGCACAAGAGUCACAGAUUCUAGCGGAAGCUAGACAACGAGAAGCGGAGCGCCGAGCUGGCGUUGCUGUUGGUCAAGAGCCUGCUCCUACCCGCCGGCAGCAGGCUCCUGAGCCACAACCACAACCUGCACAAAGAAUACCUACAUCCCAUUCGCAACCUCUGUCCUCUACAACAAACACACAGCAGCGGGUACCCCAGAAUCAACCGAGUCAGCAAACCCCAUCACAAGCUUAUUUGGGGCAAGGCUCUGCCGCGCAGCGACGGCCCCAAGAGAGACAAGCUGCACCAGCCGCAGCACAGACAACAGCCGAGACCACUAAGCCUCGCAAUUCAUUCCCGCACGCUUUUGAACGCUGGGAGACGCUCUCGGCGCAUUGGGAAGGGCUCACCAGUUACUGGAUUCGAAAACUUGAACAGAACAAAGACGAUAUCAACCGUGAUCCUAUGAACCAACAAUUGGCGCGCCAAGUUACUGACUUGUCCGCCGCUGGUGCUAAUCUGUUUCACGCCGUAGUUGAGCUUCAACGCCUUCGAGCAAGUUCUGAACGAAAGUUUCAGCGAUGGUUCUUUGAAACUAGGACAGAACUAGAGCGUGCCCAGGAAGUAAAGGCAACCUUGGAAGCACAACUCGCCAAAGAGCUAAAAGAGAGAGAGGAUGCUAUCCGAGAGGCCCUCGAAAAUGACCGAGGGGUGUCAAAGACCCAGAAGCAGCUAGCUGAAAUGCGAAAGGAGCUGGCUAUUUCCAAGGAAGAAGCACGUCGGGCCUGGGAGGAGCUUGGCCGUAGAGAACAAGAGGAGCGAGAUCGUACCCUGUCAUUGCAGUCUGGCCAGCCUACUCUCGUCGGCGGAGUUCAAGUCGUACCAAUGGUGCAGGCGGCGCAUACCCGACAAAGCAGCUCGCGCGACCACGGCUCUUCCUACCAACAAGAAUAUGGCUAUGCGCAAGGAGCCGAACCCGAGUCAUCACGGACGCCGACCGGUCAUCGCACCCCAGAAAACCGCCACUACGCCCAAGCAUCUCGUCAUGCAGAUGAGAGCGGCGUAAGCCCCCCAAGCGCCGCUGCCACCAGCGAGGGUCACUAUGGAGAGGUCAUUUACGUGCGAGAUGCUGAAGGCAACUACGUCGUUGAUGAUCGCGGUAACAAAAUCCCAUACCAAACCGCAGGUUCAUCAUCUUCAACGUCCGACCGCGGCGAAUAUGACACGCCCGCAACCACCAACCCGCCCACCUCAGGCCACGAAGCAGUCUCCGGCUCCUCCCCAGGCAGCCAAUGGCCAAGUGCUGGCGCCUCAUACACCAGCGCGACACCAACUGCACCUGCUCCUGCUCCUGCUCCCGCCCCUCAGCCUCCUGUUGCGGGCGAGCAAGACUAUAGCGGCGAAGGUUAUGGCGCACCAAGUUGGGAUCGCCACCACCACCCUUCGCGCCUCAGCGAUGUAAUGGAAGAGGACGACGAACGCAGUCGAACAAGCGCUAGCCACCUCAGCCGCGGAGCUUGA